AUGAACAAAUCUACGCGGCCCAGUCGUUUUCCAGGCUUCAGUGCCUUAUCGGACAGAGUAUUCGUUCGUCCCGGUGAGACGCAGACAGGUACUGAGCCUAUCCCCGAACAUCCCCGCACUGUCGUCAUCUACGGCUGGGGCGACGCACCUCCAAGACACAUCUCAAAGUUUCUCGAUGGUUACCGACAGCUAUACCCCCAUGCAAAGCAAGUCGCCAUUCUGUCACCCAUCUACAAAGGCUUCACCGACCAUGUGGAUCAGCGCACAAAGGCCAUGCUUCCAGUUAUCCACGAGGUUUUCCCUAACGAUGCAUCGGAUGGUUUGGUCUUGCUCCACGCCAUGUCUAAUUCUGGAACUCUCAACUAUUCAGCUACUUUAAAUGCCUAUAAGGAGACCUACAACCGACCGAUGCCCCAUGCACUGACGGUGUAUGACUCUACGCCUGGAACUCCCCAUCUCACAUGGGAUAACCUCAAGCGAUUCUCUCACGCCAUGGCUCUCGGCCUAGCAGCAAAGCUUCACUUGCCAUUCAUAGUAGCUCAAGUGCUAUGCGCCUGGUUCUUUGUUCUGAUUCAUGUAUUCGACUAUCUUGCGGGGAGAGAAUCUGCGCCCAAGUUCAGCCAUAGGAUCUUCACCGAUGAGCAAUGGGAGAGUAAGAAGAGCACAAGGCUAUUCUUGUAUGGAAAGGGAGACUUUCUUAUUCCGUGGCAGCAUAUUGAAGGGUACAUGGCUGUCUCACGUGAGGCUGGGUACCCUAGUGACGGACAGGUCUUCGAGAGUGGACAUGUUGGGCAUAUGAAGAAGGAUCCGGAGAGGUAUUGGGGAGCUAUUCAAGAGUCUUGGGAGAGGGCUAUAGGUAGACUAUAA